AUGGCCGGCCCCACCUACCCACUAUUUCCUAUCGCCGCGUUCAUUGGAUCGGUUCUCGCUCUUCUGCCUCUUCCGUGGCAUUUUGAAGCACUGAACUCUGCGACAUGCUACUACAUGAUCUGGGCUUCGCUUGCAUGCAUGAACCAAUUCGUGAACUCCGUUGUCUGGGCUAACAAUGCUCUCAAUCCCGCGCCUGUGUGGUGCGAUAUAUCUACCCGCAUCACGAUUGGAGCAUCUGUCGCCAUACCUGCAGCAUCCCUGUGUAUAAACCGACGGCUCUACCUCAUCGCAGAGACGCAAGCCAUCUCAGUCACAAGAUCUGAUAAGCGACGGGCUAUGCUAAUAGACACUCUGAUCUGCGUCCUGUUUCCAGCUAUAUGCAUGGGAUUUGCAUACAUAGUUCAGGGUCAUCGUUACAACAUAUAUGAAGAAAUCGGGUGUUAUCCUUCCGUAUACAACGCGCUCCCAGCGUAUUUCCUUGUGAACUGGUGGCCCAUUGUGCUCGGCCUGAUCUCUGCGGUCUAUUGCAUCUUGUCGUUGCGUCAUUUUACUCGUCGCCGUGCGCAGUUCAAGCAGUUUCUCUCGUCGAAACACUCCUCGUUGACGUUUGGACGUUAUUUCCGUCUCAUGGCCCUGGCCACAACGGAACUGCUGUUCACGAUCCCCGUCUCGAGCUACGCUAUAUAUCUCAACGCCACUGCACAACCUAUAGAGCCCUGGGUUAGCUGGUCCUACGUGCACUACAAAUUUUCACGGAUCGAACAAAUCCCUUCCCUGAUCUGGCGUACAAACCGUCAACUGGCCAUUGCACUACAGCUCGGGCAAUGGCUCAACCCUCUCUGUGCUAUAAUCUUCUUUGCAUACUUCGGUCUUGCCGAAGAGGCGAGGCGACAUUACAAGGCAGCUUUCUGGUCGUUUGUCAAAGUGGUGGGCUUUUCAAGCCCAGUCAGCCGGCGCGGUGCGCAGCAGCUCAGGUUGGUGAUACCCUAUAUCUUAGCGAUAAAUAGCACUGAAAAGUCACCAGCUCUAAGCAAGAGCCCACGAUUGAGCCUCCGUUGGAAGAACUACCAAGAUACGCCCCGACCUCUUGCCAGAAUGUUUGUAGCAAAUCCGCAUUUGUCCAGCUCGUAG